UUUAAUACAAGUGAAUGCGGAUAAUAUUUACAAAUAAUUACAAUUAUGACAUUGCAUUCUAAUAGAACUGAGGCAAUCACCAUAUUCUCAAAGUUCCUCCCACAAGCCCGAAACUAACGACAUUAAUGCUGUUAUAUGCUCAAAUGAAUUUAAAAUACACUUUUUAAAUAAACCCUCUAUUCACAGACAAACUUCGUCGAGUCCUUUAAAAUAGCCUUUAAUUAGUCUCUGUGUGCUGCCACCGUUAUCACAGUGAAAACUAUACCAAAAAGUGGUCAGUGUGCAAAAUUGAUGACUACACUUUCUUUGUUAAAAGGACAUUGUCUUGCGCUUGCUUAUGAAGUCUAAUCCAAUCAUAAAUUGCUUAUUCGAACCAAUCAGCAGGCACUGAAUUUCCCCUGAAAGAAACUCACGUCGAGAACUUUGUUGAACUUCAUUGUUUGACUGUCAGUUUCGAAAAGGCUUUGCUAACGGUCCACUAUAAAACGCUUCUUCUAAAUGGAAUGGUCAGAAGAGAACUGUGAGUCUUUCCACUUGGAUCCUAUAGGCCACGGAAACUCAUUCAGUGAGAAAGGGCUCUUUACAAUUACUCUUCCUUAUCCACCCAAAAGGAGCAAUGAUGUUCCCUAGUGUACUUGCGGCUUCCGAUAUGUACCCCAGACUACUUCGACCGCCGGCGGCUCACUCUCUGCCCCAGUCCUUGCAUUCAGCGUUCGCCGCCCACUCAAGCUUUUUGGUGGAGGACCUGUUGCGGAUCAGCCGGCCAGUGAGCUACUUGCACCGGACGAUUCCGUUACCCAGCGUGUCUCCCCCGGGAUCAGGAGCCACCACGCUGACCUGCAGUCACCACACUGACCAAGCUGUCAUCACCACUUCAGCACAGACAAGAACGGGCUCUCCUCAGAGCCCACUCUCCAUCAACAACGACCCUAACUAUCUGAAGUUUGGAGUUAAUGCCAUCCUAGCACCAGAAACGAGAAACGCAUCGUGUACACCUUCAAUGCAUCAUGCCAUGCAUGGCAAAACCUUCCCUCUGCCAUAUUUUGACGGAUCGUUUCACCCCUUCCUCAGAGCAUCCUAUUUUCCAGCAUCGUCUUCAGUGGUUCCUAUCCCUGGUACCUUUUCAUGGCCGCUGGCUGCAAGAGGAAAGCCCAGGAGAGGGAUGCUCCGACGGGCAGUGUUCUCUGAUGUCCAGCGCAAAGCCCUGGAGAAAAUGUUUCAGAAACAGAAAUACAUCAGCAAACCAGACAGAAAGAAGCUGGCUGCAAAACUUGGGCUAAAAGACUCACAGGUGAAAAUAUGGUUCCAAAACCGAAGAAUGAAAUGGCGCAAUUCCAAAGAGAGGGAGUUGUUGUCGUCCGGAGGUUGCCGGGAACAAACCCUUCCAACUAAAAUGAACCCCCACCCGGACCUCAGUGACGUCGGGAAGAAGUCCUGUGAGGAGGAGGUGGAUGCGUUCAGGCGGGACAGCCCGCGCUCAGCCUUCUGCCGCUCGCCAUCAGAGCGCGAACUUUUGAACAGUGUGGAGUCGCACCUCUCUUCGCCUUGCAACUCCAGCAAGCACUCCGACUUCUCAGAAUCAGAGGAUGAAGAGAUUACAGUGUCUUAGUUGUGCAUAACACAUACAUUAUGCUUAUAUAAAGUAGUUUAAACACAUACUGUAUAUUGUCACAUAUAUUGUAUAUAGACAUUAUUACCCAAAUGAGACCCUUGCAUUCUUUAAUUUGAACACAUAGCCUAUUUGUCUGUGAUAUAACCAAUUCUCCUAUAUGUUAAAUGUAGGGGGUCAUAUUGGUUGUGGCAGAUAUUUCAGUACUUAUUAAGCAAAUUUGACAUAUUUUUGCAGAUUUUAAUCUUUGUACCAUAUUUUGUAAGGGGCAUUUUUAUACCAAGAGGAUUAUAUCCGAUUACAAUGCUAUUGUGAAAAGGCCAGUCUCUUACAAUCCAGAUGCAACGUCUUUAAUCUAUGUUAAAUGUAUAACUUAAAAAUACAUAUAUUAUUUGUAUGCUUUGUUUAAAUGUUUGUAUUUUGAGAGUAUUUUUUUCCAAAUAAAACUAGAAAAUGUAAAGAACAACUUCUGCUUUCUUGACAAUGGUCCAACAAAACACAAUAACACUUAAUAAAUCAUUGAUGAAUGUCAAUAGGAUUCAUUAUAUUUCUACUACAAUAAGUAGACGAUGAUAGAUGAGGUGUCACUGCUGUUCUAAUACGAAAGACAGGUCAGGACAAUGAAAAGGUGCAGUCACUGUGGCCCUCCAUUCUGGUUGUACACACUUCUACUGUACAGAUAGAUGGCAGGUAUACGGGGUAUAGACCGGAGGACAUACCAGUCACAUAGGUAGCCUAAACAAUAACAGAAAAUUACAUAGGUAGCCUAAAUAACAGAAAAUUACAUAGGUAGCCUAAAUAACAGAAAAUUGAGACAGAGUUGAGACAAUGGAACUGGGCUUAACACACUGAACAUUGCUGAACAAUAUUUAAAACCACAUGAGAUCAAAAUAAAACUUUUUGCAUUUAAAAUAACUUACACUGAUUUAGAGGAUUUCUCUGAAUAAAAAAAAAUGAAAA